AUGGAACGCCCGUCAACUGCUUCUUCCCGUCCUCGGACUUCGACUGGACGUGCUCCUUCGGCGAGAGCAAGACCACCGUCGGCCAUGAGGGGUAGGCUUCCGGCAUCAUUCAACUAGUAAACGAAGCGGUUUCAGCGUCGGCACCUCCGACCGAUAGCCGUCCAACUUCUGUAAUGUACACUGCGAACGGUGGACCUCCGUCUAUGCAAGUACCGCCUUCGCGGAAUGGAGGAAUCCCAGUGCCGCCGUCGAGAUCCGGAGGUCCGCCGGCGCCAAUGCCCAUGUCGAGAGCAGGAGGACCGCCGAGGGCUCCAACUUCUGUAAGACAACUAGUUUGUAGCCGAAGAAACCAUAAUUCCAGAUGGGCGGUCGUCCGACUACUGGAAUGGCUCGUCCGCCAACCACCGGUCUCCGGCCGGUAACUCAGCAAGGACUGAGAGCUCCGCCGUCGAGAAUGGGGACUGGAAGUGAGGAAGCCUUCUUUCCAAACAUGUUAAUAUUAUCUUCUUUUUCAGAUACCCGUCAAGUGUUCGACAAAACCUACUACAUCGGAGUGUUGCGUGCGAAGCAGAACGCGAUCAAAGUGGAGAUCUCGCGGAUGAAGGAGAAGAGGGAUAAAGGGAUGAAGGAUCGGAAUGAACUGCACGCCUACGAGUCGAGAGCAUCGGCACAAGCGCAAGAGAUCGGAGAGCUGCAGGGCAAGCUGCUGGAUCUGAAUAAGAUUAUGGAGAAGAUCCAUUUGAACGGAGACAUGUCGGACAUCGAGAUGGAGGCGAGCAAGAUGAAGGAAGAGGCGGAUGCGAUGCGAUUGAGUGCCGAUGAAGCGUUCAAUGAGAGAAGGAUCAAGGAGGAAGAGCUGAAUCAACUGGAGGAGGAGCUCGAGGAGCAGAAGAAGCUGAACGAUGCGGUGACACAUGCGAUGGAUCCGCAGAUGAAGGAGAAGUACGAGAACCUCAAGUCGGAGGCCGAACUUUUGCGGGAACGAGUGGUCAAGAUGGAGGCGGAUAUCUAUGAUUUGGACGAACGGAUCGCCAACUAUGAGAUGGAAAUUCGUUCGAAUCCACUCAAGAAACGGGCGGUCGCACUGCAAGACACUCUUGACGCACUGAAGAAGCAGGAGGAGAAACUGAUGGCGGACAUGCAGAGUGCUCUGACGCCGGAGGCUCGCAAGGAGAAGAUGGUCGAGAAUAUGAAGCAGUUGAACGCGGAUCUUGUGGUGAUCGAGAAGCAGCACAAGGCCGUCAAGGACCAGAUUUCGUUGGCGUCGGAGGAGUUGCACGAGUAUGAUUCUCAAGGAGAGGCGCAGAUUAGUAAGUUUGCAGAAUUAUUAUUAAUCCGAUUUGAAUGACUGCUCUCAGUGGCCCAUCACACCAAGUACUUGGAGCUGCUCUCGAAGAGCACAAUGCUCGACGACACGACGGAGAACUAUCCGCAACAGAUUGUGCUCCUUCAGCAGGACAUUGAAGAGUUCUCCGAUGCGAUCAUUCUCAAUUUGCGAAGGAUUUCGGCGAAUUUGAAGAAGGUGAACUUGGGCGAUCAAAUAACGGAUUUGGACGAGCGGGGACUCAAUUUGAAGACUGGCAAUGUGGGAGAACUCAAAGAAAGUGAGCGCCCGAGCACUUUUCCGAGAAUCUUUUUGAUUUUUCCGAAUUUCAGUGCACAUUCGCCUGCAAGAAGAGCUAAUUUCCACCGAGGAUAUGGAGUUCUCGUUGAAUGAGGAGAUUGAUCAUCUGGAAAGUGAGCAGAAGAAUGUGGACGAGGAGUUGGCGGGUAUUCAGAAGGACGUGAGCUCGGACGGCUACAGACAGGACCUGGAAGACCGCCAGAAGACGUUGGAGUCCGAAGCGCCGGUGUUGACGGACGAAAUGCAAAGAUUGGAAGCCAACGUGGCGACUCUGAGGAACGAAUUGCACUCCGUUCCCGGAUAUGCACAGCAAAAAGUGAUUCGGGACAAGUUGACGGCGGUCGAGAAGCGAGUUGCCGCCAAAACGCUCGACAUGUCGCUGAGGAAGAACGAGGCGGACUAUCAGCCGAUUAAAGAACAGGUUCCAGACACUUUCUCUCUCAAAGUUUUCAAGAUUUGGUUUGGUUUCAGGCACUCAAGCUGCAGGAGGAAUACAACGAACUUCUUCUCGCCAAUCCAGUGCAGAGAUUUAUUUGA